UGUAGCGCUCUUGUCAGGAAAAACGAAGGGAGGGGUGUGUGUACAGGACUGACAUUAGACGAGAAAGAAAUAAUCCGCGCUGGUUAAACGUUUGCAAACUACAUAAAUAAGAGGACGGAGAGGCCGGGACACUGGGAAAGCACGGAGAAAAAACUUAAAAACUUAUACGGACUUUUUAACCAUUGUUUUCUUAUAUGGGAAAUAAUAUUUUACCACUAUGAUGGCUAACGCUCGGAAGUAAAAAGAGCUACAGAAAGUUUUAUGCGGCAGAGAGGAGUUGGCGGUGGAGCUGAACAAACGACAAUGUAGGCAGCGCAGACGCUCCACUUAUGGGCUCUGAGGCAGUGGAGGACUGCGUCCAGGGGGCGUUGUCGUCUCUGUACCCCCCAUUUGAAAGCACUGCCCCCCCUCUGUUAUCCCAGGUGUUCUCUGUGCUGGAGUCAACCUACCAGCAUGACAGUUUGCGAUACCUCCUGGAUUACUUCAUCCCAGCUAAGCACCUACUGCAUAAGCUACAGCAACAUGCAUGUGCUCAGUACCUGGGCUGUCUCUUUCUGCACUCUGGCUGGCCUCUCAGCCUUGGCGAGAAGGUGGUAGUGCAGCUCUCCACCUUGGACUGGAGGCUGCUGCGCAGCAACGAUUUCUACCUGCAGGUGGUGCCCUUCUCCACACGAUGCCCUCGCCUGGCUCUCAAGUGCCUGGCCCCAGGGGGGCGUAAUGUGCAGGAGGUCCUCGUGCCCGAGUCCCAGCAUGCCCUGGUUUUCACCCCUGAGUGGUUGCAGAGCAUCAACAAGGAGCGGGGCUGUGUGAGAGGGGCUGGAAAGCUGGACACCUGUCUGGUCAGCACCUGUGACGGAGUUAUCCGACUCCCAUGGGAAGAUGUGGUCUAUCCCAAAUUCCUCUACCACGAAAGUGGCAAGUCUGAUGACUCUACUAGCCAUGACUGGGGCUCCUCCUGUGACCUGGAGUCCUUGUCCUGGGAUGAGGAGGAGGAAGAGGAACAGCUGCCUCCAGAUGGCGAUGCAGUAGAUCCUGGGGGCGAGUAUGUGGAGCUGCUGGAGAUGCGGGGAGGACCAGAUGGUGGGGCAGAUCCUAAGCGGUACCUGGAAAUGCAAGGGGCAGGCAAAACCAAGACCCUGCCACUAUGCCGGAGGAGUCGGGCUGUCAGGCUGCGGCGGGGAAAGGGCUGGGACCAUGGCAAGCAUGACACCAUGGGUGCCACAAGGCCCUCUGGCAACACCACACAUAAGGAGAAUCCUAAGAGUACCAGUCGAGGUAGAGAGGUAGUUGCGGCUGGAGAUGAUAUGACAUCACGCCCUGCUCCUCAAGUGAUUGAUCUGCCAAGAGACAGGAACCCUGAUCCCUCGCUCCUUCAAUCCUUAAAUGAGAUUGAUCGACCUGGACGGGAUGUACUCGGUCCAAGCGGAGCUGAGCUACCUUUAGUGGGCUUUACACAGGAGAGGAAACCUGGAGUUGGGAGGGAGAAGGAAGGGUCUGGGAGCUCCGAGGCAUUAUGUGGAUACCAACGAAGGAAUGAGACAGAAACUAGUGAAAAUCUGAGGGACAAGACAGGCCCUGAUGUGGAUCCUGUAGGGGAGCAUAAUAAUGACCAGGACAAGCUGUCAAAUUCCAGCUGUGCUAUAGAGGAUGUUCAGGUGCUUACAGAUGAUGCUCACAGUAGGGCAAGGGAUGCUGAAGGCACAUCAGGAGAGUGCCGUGGAUCUCUCAUGCAGUCAGGUACAGAACAACACAACACAGAUCCAACAAAUCAAGACAGUUCUGCAGCUCAAAUGGACAGAGCUGCACAGCACGAAGAACCGGCAAACCCAGAAAAGCCACUUUUGAAUCCCAGUACUCCAACUGCGCCAAACAACACCUUGUUUCCCCAGCCUGGUUCAGAAACUAGUCUGACUACAGGCUUACCAUCCCAACAUGAUCUUCAAACUGAGCUAAACACAACCUCUUCCCACCAACCUGGUUUUGAAGCUCUUGUCAAAACAAACGCAUCGUCACAGCCUGCUCCUCAAACAGGUCCACAGCCAGCCCCAGCUCUGAAAGUGAAGGGGCAAGCUAAAAUUCUCAGGGAUAAAGAUGCCCUCCUGGAAAAAGACGUGAAGGUGGCGGAGUUCCGAGCACACAGGAAGAAGAGGAAAGGAAAAGGUGGCAGAGCAAAGAUCAAGCCUACUGGAUGCCUCAGUCAUGAGGGUCCUGACCAGCCCCCUGAAAAGCUUCCCAAUAAAACUUCUCCAGAAGACACAAGAUCUAAGCCAACUCCCACUGCCGAUGAUCAACAGGAGCAUGUUCCUGCGGAGAUGGAGGAAGUGUUAGUGCCAGCCAAUCAGGGCACUGAAGAAAUGGAAAUUAAAAAGAAUGGUGAAGACGAUCCAAGCAUAGAAUCAAAAACAUGUUCAGACGAAAACAGCAAUGCAAGCACAUUGUUAUCUGACCACUCUUCAAACAAAGCCACUGACCACUCAGGAGAUUCUUCUUGUGCGGCCCCUCACCUGCUCAAAGACCUGGACACCGAGCUCCUUCAGUCUGAAACACUGGCACUGACAGGUACAGCAGACAGAUUGGGGCGUCCUCUCAUCAUCAUGCAGGUCCCAAACGAUGGCCACAGCGAGGAGGAGCUAUCCCGCAUCCUCUCCUGCUAUCAUGCCAUUACUCGCCUCUGGGCUCAGGAGAAAGGACUGACUGUGGUAGUAGACAGCAGAGUCUCCACCCCCAAUGCUCUGUGUCUGGCAGCUCUGCAGCGCUUCCAGGACCUGGUACCAGGGGGCCUGGGAUGCAAACUGGUUCUGACAGAUGAGAAUCAGGAGUCUAGUCUCCCGCACAUCGAGGGUGUUGAGGUACACAUUGUCAGGGGGUUGGGGAUCCUGCAGCAGCAUGUGGAUCGGCAGCAGCUCCCCGUUGCUCUGGGUGGAGACUUUCCGCACUCCCAUUCGGAAUGGCUGGCCUACAGACUGAGUUUGGAGCGUUUGACUGAAUGGUGCAGGAGCGCCCUCUCUCUGUUGGGGCAAGCGUUGCACUCUCUGGAUACUGAGCCUUUGCCGCAGUGCACGAAGAUGGUAUCGGUCUGUGUGGAGAAACACAAAAAGCUCAUGAUGGAUGUCCUGGCUGACCAAAGGUUGACUGAGCUGCAGCAAGUGGGCGGAGCUUGGUUGGCAGGACUGACCAAUCGUGGGUCUGGGCCAGCACAGAGAUCAACUGACUGCAGGGCCGCCCUCGCUGCAACCACUGAGCUCUACAACAGUGUGGACGACUCUCUACACCGACUGGUCCGUGUGUCCAAUGAGAGGGGCCGUGACCUGGAUGCCCUCAGGAAGCUGGUAGCACUUGAGGAAAGACUGAACAAGUGUGAGAAGGAACUCGAGCAAGUACAGGAGCAGCUGGAGGAGUUCAAGGACACCCCUCUCUCUCUCUCCAUGCUGUCCCUCAAACAGCAGAAGUUCAAGGCCUUCAGAGAGUCAGCUAUGGAGCUACAAAGAGAAACCCAUUCUGUACUGGGAGAACUGGAGAGUUGGGCAGAGCUGGAGUGGGCAGGACUUGGCAUGGUCCUGGAGCGCCUGCCACCCGUUAGGGAGCGUCUGCGGGACAUGUCCCACUGUCUGUCUGACUGCUGGACCCAACUGGACAGCACUCAGAGACUGCUGUCUACACUCACAGAGGCCUCACAGUGGUGUGAUGCUGUGUCAGCCUCCCCGGGGCCCCCCACUGCCUCUCCACUGGCUUCCCUCCCACCAAUUCCACCUUCACGCUUCCAGGAUGCCCGGGCGCUGGCUCUCGAGCUGGGGGGCGGGCCACUGCUGGAGUUAUGGUCCCGCACAUUGGAGCGGUACCAGCGCACGCUGGCUCAGUUCAAGACGCGACUGCUGCAGGCUCCGCCCCCAGCCCCGCCCCCACCCCGGCCAAAGGCCGCCUCAUCCUCCAGCAUGUGGGACCUGCUGAACGCGGAUGGGGAGAUGGAGGGCGAGGGGGAUGGGGACUGGGGAGGCCUGCAGUCCUGGGGGUCCCUAGCGUCACUCUUCCGCCCACAGAACUGCUCAACGCUAAAGAUCGGAGAGGAACGAAAGAAAGAUGGAGCGGCAGGAGGGGGUGGAAAGUUCCUGCAGGCGCUGUUGCAUCCAGCCAAGAAGAGCCCACCAGAAGCUCCUCUUCCUCCCAAGCCCCCCCGUAAACGUCACCCCAGCUUCGACCUGCAGGCUUUGCUUGCCCCGCGCCGCACCCCCACUAAUUCCCGGCCAGCGGAGAUACCUGGAGCAGCCAGUCGAAACUCACCCAUGUCCUGGUUGGGUCGCAAGACGCUGGUUGACCCCAUCCUCAAUACCAGCAUGGCCGCCGCCCUCCCCGUGGGUGGGGCGGCAGUGGGGGUCGGGAGCGUGCUCAUCCGAGGGGUGGAAGUCAGUAGCAAGGAGGUGGUGGACCACACAGGAUCGCCACGGCAGCAUGUGCUUCUGUUCAGAACUGAGAGAGAAACUGGGGGAGAAAGACAGGGAGCCACCACCCAGAGUAAAAUCUAUCACCUUUGGUGUGGGCUUCUCAGUUCUGAGAGGCAGUAUGUGGCUGUGCUGAAAGGCGUGGAGGAAAGCUACCAGCCCCUGUUAGACUGCCCCGAGACCCCCGCAACCCUCCGAGGAAAGUGGGAGACCCUCUUUUCCAACUGGAGCAGUCUGAGCUCUUUCCAUGCACAGCACCUCCUCCCUAACAUGGAAGGUGCUCUCACACAAACUCUGCUCCUGCAAGACAGUUUCUGUAAAUUUAAGGAGGAGUUCCUUCAGUAUUCCCACUACAUCAGGACCAGGCCAGACCCGGACUCAAUGCUGGUCAGUCAGGCCUCAGAUUUCUUCAAGGCCAAGCUGCCCGCACUGUCCCCCCUUUCCCCCCUGGCCUUCCCACAAUGCCUGACGGCACCCACACAGCGACUGGCUCAGUACUGCGAGGUCCUGGAGGACUUGGGCAGUCUCAACAGUGCCUCAGAGGCGGCACUCUCUACGCUCAGGCUCAUCCAGCGACACGGCGAGGACCUCCGCGCCAGCGAUCUUAUCGUAGGAUGCCCGGUUCCCUUGGCAGACAGGGGCGAGCUGGUCCGCCAGGGGGAGCUCCUGGUUUGUGGAGCCGCCCGGCGAAGGAAAGCAGGUCUGCGCACCAUCUUCCUCUACCAGCAUUAUCUCAUCCUCACCAAGACCAAGAACCUCAGCCUGGGCCGCACGGUGCACAGCUUCAAGCACAGCCUUAAGGUGGGGGAAAUGGGACUGACCCAGAGUCUGGGGGAAGAAGGCGUGAAGUUUGAGGUGUGGGUGCGACAAGCCUCCCGUACGCGUGACUGCCUCACCCUGCAGGCACCGUCACCUGAUGAACGAGUGGCCUGGACUCACGACAUUGCUCAGCUGCUCUGGACUCAUGCCAUCCACAACACGGAGCUGUGCUUGAAGGAGAGUCUCUGCAUGGGGGUGUCUAGUAAACUUCUGCUUGAUGUGACUGGAGCGCACAGCGCGUCUGAGUUAGACUCUGGAUACUCCCUCAAUGACAGAGUUCAGAGCAGCUGCUCAGACUCCUCCUCAGUAGGAAGUCAUAAGGAGGGGGGGUCGCCAGCUUCAGGAAGGGAUUCACAAAUAAAUGUUGGACAAACAGGACAAGAACAGCCCCUGUUCCACAAUAUAUAUUGUGGAAUGAAUCAAACUGGAAAUGGCUGGAAAAGAGGAGCGAAAGGCGAUUGGUGGGAAGCAACACUGGAAGCGCUAAAAACCACCGAGCUCCCCCCAGUGGUCGCCAUUUUGGUUGUACGCAUCACAGUUGCUCAAGUGCCAACUGAAAUUGGAGCCUUAUCCCUGCACUGGCAUCUCAUUGUUACUGGUCCAAUUAGAAGAGAAAAUUCUGUUGCCACUGGUCUCCGGGUCCAUUAACUGGUUCACUGGACAGAGCUUUUAUUUUGUGUUUAUAUCAACACCUGUUACAGUAAAUGUUUGCACAACAGGAAAAGGCCAGGCCAGGAAACUACAGAGAAGAUUGGUAACUCUAGUGCUGCUUGUCAGCUGAGGAGGUAGAUGUAACAAUGGUCCUAAAAGGACCUAUGUAUAAAGAUCUGUCACAAACAGAGCAAACAGCCACAUCCAAAAGAGAUAAGGAUCAAUACCACGACACUUACUAAGCACAUUAGAGUGCAGCUUUUAUUGUCGUUCCCCGCAGCCCAUCUCUGGUAAAUGUCCGGUCUUACAAUAAGUAAACGAAUGCUCAGACUUCGAAACACAGAGAAAAUAGUGCCUAUUGCUGUGUGAUAUUUUCCACCACAGCACUGAGGAAUAACUCUUGUAACUUUCCUAGUGAUCGGGAAUCGCAUGCGAGAAGGAGCCCAAAUCUUCAGCGUGCUUCCUAAUGAGAGGGCAGGCCGGGAAGCCUUGGGCAGGCCUCCUCCUCUUGCUUGUAGGCACCCAACAAGACCGGUUUCAUCCAGACUGAUAAAUUUGUAUAUUACAAAGAUCCUGACUUCUUCUCUGGUUUCUUACCAAUGAAGCAUAAAAUGUCAAUUAAAGAAAGAAUGAAAAUUGGACUGGAACGAGAGCUGUCCAUAAAGCCGACUGUGAAGGUUGUUUUGUGCACAGAGUGCAUGGAAAAGUGGGAUGCUGAGGAUAGUGUUACCUGUAAUAAUAUUUUUGAUUGAAGGACAGAAAAUAUUGGGUUUCUUUUUUUUUUUUUUUUGCAGCUGAAGAAACAAAACCAGUUUUUGCUGAUGUAUUUACUGCUUUAUAAAGCAGUAAAUAUACAAGGUGACGGAAAAACAAAUAUCUGCUAGACUUGAAGUUUUUCGUUAGGCUCAUUCUAGCUAAGCCCAGGGUUUUGCAAAACUUUUGAAAGAAUUCUUUAAAAUAGUUUGUAUAUGUGCCUAAAUGAACAGUCAAACCAAAGGAAAAAUAAUCAAAAUAAAAGAGAAUGUACACAGGUGGUAGCACAAUAAAAUCAUUGUUAUUGAUAAUUACUGAAAACAGAACAGACUUCUACCCUUGUUGUAUUUAUCCAUAUUUUGGUACAGACAUUGAAAAUGGAGGUCUGCCAACCUGCUUACAAAGCACAUUGUACCGUUUGUCAACAAACGGAAUUCAGCAGAUGUGGCUUAGCUGCUGACAACUGGUUAUGUCAUGAGGUUAUUUUUUUUCUCAACCACCAUUUAACAGUGUUGUUUUGCUGAAUAUUAUCGUAGUACUGAACAUAGCUGUAUUCGAGUAACACUGAACAGAGCAGUGUUAGCAUAGUAUAUCGCUACAGUGCAGCAGUAUUGAUGUAGAGUCUAACACAGUAGUAUUAGCAUAGCGUAGCUAUACCUUGAGCUGCAUUAUUAACCUCAGUACAUUGGGGAGCAGCCCAGAGGAUUUGACUAUAUGGUAGAAGCAUACACAUCGGUACAAGAACUACAAAUGUCAGUAACAUUUUUGUGCACUGUCUUGUAUGGAUGCAGUGCAGAGUCCUGCAGUGUUUGACCCACUCCCAGCCCCCCCUCAUUGUACUAAUGGAUAUGACCAUCCUUGAGAGGCACUAACUCUCCUGCUGUGUGUGACCUGUUCAGAGUUCUUCCUGUUUACCUGCAGUAUUUAAUCAGCUCUGAGCUCUUCUUACUCACCAGCAGUGUAACAGUCUCUGGGGUCUGCUUGUUAACCAGUAGGGUUUGAGUUGCUGCUUAAAGUGAGGGAAAUAAACUUGCUCAAAUUGUGGAGGUAUUUAAAUUUAAAUUGGAAGUUUGCAAAAAAAUUGGAAUGGCAGAAAAGCACCAAUAAUUGGCUGUAUGCAGAGAAGUACCAAUAACCGGCAAUAUUAUGUUACUCUAAAAUCGUACUCUCCAUUUUUGUUGUUGUCAUCACAGUCAGUAACUGUAAGUUGUUAAAUUCCAGAAAAUUUGUCAAAGUACAAAGAUUUUCUGAUAAUAUCUGAGGUGGAUUCCUACCUUCAGAAAUUUUUUCAAAGUACACAGAUUUUCUGAUAAAAUUUGGGGUGGACUCCUACCUACAGAAAAUUUUUGAAAGUAAACAGAUUUUCUGAUAAAAUUUGAGGUAGAUUCCUACUACAGUAAAAAUGAGGAGUAACGUUUGAAUAACUGAUCAGAUAUUAUCUUGUAAUGUACCCAUCAUUUGCAUUUUCAUGUAUCCAUCAUUUCAGAAAAAUAAUUAGCCAAUAUGUGCCUUAUUUAGCUAUAUUUAAGGAGCUUUACUGCAGAUUACAUUUUAUUUUAAUCAUAUUCAGUGUAAAUAUGAUCUGUUGCUUAAUAUCCUUUGUUCCUAUUCAGUUGUUUUGUUAUAUAUAUAUAUAUGUCUGUGUUUACAUUUUAAAACAUUUUGUCAGUCUUUUGACAGAAUGUUUGCAUGUGAUAGUCUGCCUGAAAAUUUGUUCUGUAUUGUCUUCAGUUUAAACUGGAAAUCCAAACUGGGAGAUGGAAUGUUAAAGAAGUAAUUAAAAUAAAGCGAAAUUUCUUCUGAUGUUA